AAAAAGACGAGAACAGGCGUCACAGCCGUAGUUCAAAACAAUACUCCAAGUUCCGCCUGUCUGGCGCCGUGUCCUCAUGAAGAUGUCUCAAAAUACUCCGGACAAAGACGACCAAACGUCAACCAGCAAGAAAAACAUCUCCCUCCCUAUUUCCAGAGUGCGGUUGAUAAUGAAGAGCUCCCCGGAUGUCUCCAGCAUCAACCAGGACGCUCUGUUUCUCACCACCAAGGCUACAGAGCUUUUUGUCCAGCACCUGGCUCUGUGCUCAUUCAACAAUGGCUCCGGGAAAGAGACAAACUCCCUGUCAUACAGCGACCUAGCUCACGCCGCAGAGGAAACUGAGACCUUCCACUUUCUUACAGAUAUCCUGCCCAAGAAGAUCCUGGCACGCGAUUAUCUCAAGUCUCUGGAGCAAAUGCAAGACGAAGACGCAGAUUAUUGAGAAGGAACCUGGCUACAUUCCAUAUCUGGACAGGUGUUAUUUGAAGUACACAUCAUUCAUGGAGAGCAAAGUGACUAGUGGGAAAGGAGACACACUGAACCUUCUCAAUUCUAGAUAGAUUGCCAGAGCUCGAUGUAGUGUUCACUGGAGAAGUAGGGGUGACAAAGAGGGACUUAAAAUAUGUACCAUAGGUCUGAGAAAAAUUCUGUAACUCUGAAUUUGAAACAACAUGGUAAUCAAAGCAGCUUGAACACUUGAACAGUAGAUUUAGACAAUUUGUGAUGUCACAACAACUUUGCAUUUGCGCGUAUCUCAAGACUAUCUUAAACUUUUCUGGUGUCUUGCUCUUAUUAAUGUCAUGCUCACAUCAAUCAGGAGUGAAUUGUAUUUUUCCAGAUCUCAAUGAGUUCAGUCCAUUUAACUGACCAAGGCAUGUUCUGAAUCCAUUCCUCACACUUGCAGCAAAGAUGUCUCAACUCCUGAUUUAUACUUACCUUUGAAAUAUACAUUGGUGAACAUUUUAUUUUAGAGACGCUGGUUAAUUUAAGAGUGAAAUGUGUGACGUUACUGAAUCUUAGUUUUAUAUGUUAUUUUAUUUCUUUCAAAGUUUGUCAUUUUUCAGUUGUGAGUGGUUUACUUGAAAGCUGUUUGGUUUGAAUACCUCGUUUUUUUCCACCUUAACUACAAGGCCACUGAACGUCUUCCCAAAUGGGAACUCACACUGACCCUAACAGAUGUGACAAUUUAAAGUGUAAAUAGCAGCUGACCAUCUUACAAAGAAUCUUCCUCAUAAAUGUACAAAUGAAUUGCUUAGAUUUGAUAUUAAAAUAAAGAUCCACACCAUCUCA